AUGGUGCCCAAAGAAGGACGGGGCUAUGCGCUGCCGUCUUGACGAUCGCCACGAGUACACCAGGACGUGCAAGGAGGACUACAGGAUCUCACCAUACCAUCCCAUAACGUUUGCCGCGUACCCUACCCACGAGAACAUCCAGGCAGUUACCAAGACCAGCUUCGCGGCGUACCUCAAGUACGUCGCGAAAGUGGAACCUGCCGGAAAGGUCUCCAACCCGCUUGACACCGUGGAAGAAUCACAGCUGCCUCGUGCCGGCCCUGCCCAGAGUGGACUUCAGUCCGUCAACCAGAAACAGUUGCCAUACAUUUGGGGACGAAAGAUGGCAAUGUCCGAGGCAACACUGAUUCUCUCCGGACAGUCCUUGUGCCUUAAGUCGCGGACGUACAUGUUUGUAGACACGCGGCUGCCGCACCUACGGCGGGUGGUGGUGGCGCGUCCGGAGCCGGGGACCUCACGAAACGGCCAGGGAGGAGUGAUAGACAGCACCAUAGAGAAGUAUUGCAAGCGACCUCAACGCGUGCAGCGGCCUUUCGAUAUGCCGGACAGCGUCAACGCAGAGGUUGACUUCGACGACAUGACGCACGAAGACUACUGUCUGGAAUGGGACAUGGUGCCAUCAGACGGCAGUAGGGAGCCACCGUCUACCUUGCCCUACUUCUUCAACGACCACAACGCCGCCUACUGGCGAAGGAGCACCGGUGUGAGAAUCCUCGGGUUUGCCGUCUACCGGCCGGACCGGCAACCAUUUGAGCAAUUCUACUACCACCACCUCAUCCUUUCCAGACCUUUCCGAAGCCUCGGCGAAUUCAUAUCUGAGGAAAACGACGAGGGCACGUACGAGCGACAGUGCCAGAUGGAGGGGGUGUUUGGCGACGAGGGGUCUACCACCGAGAACAUCUUGGCGGCUGUCGACAAGGACCUACGCAGGCAAAAGGUUGGCGACGACCGGCGAGCCGCCACCACGCAAGAGGUUGAGGACUUCCUGUACAUCAGAUCCAUGGAUGUCGUGCUGUCGCAACCCGACCCGGACCUGCUCGAUGGGGAGGCGCCAGCACCUGCGACCCACCAACAGGUUGCGGAGUGGCUGGGCCAAGAUCCGGAGGCCCUGUCUGGAACUUUCACGCCUCCAGAAUUUGCGCUUCUCGCUCCAUCGCAGAAAGAGUUCGCCGCCGUCGUCCUCUCCAGUGAGCCUAACUUGUACUACCUGAGUGGGCGAGCUGGGUUCGGAAAGUCUCACGUCGCGCGCUUCCUCGUUGAUGCCUUCCGGUCCAUGGGACAGUGCGUGGCAGUCACCGGCACCACUGCCACAGCAGCGGGCAACAUCGGGGGCGUGACGUUGCACCGCUUCUGCAGCUGUCCAAAGGGUUCGAGUCCGGCCUUGAUCCAUCCAACCCGCUAUGGCCCGCGCUAAAGGAGAAUAACGUCGUCAUCAUCGACGAGAUCUCCAUGGCCACGGCUCACCUACUCGCCGCCACGGAUCAUGUACUUAGGAGAGCGGCACUACCGCACAAACGACGCGCCCCGUUCGGAGGAAGGACCAUCAUCGCCAUUGGGGACCUUUGCCAACUGCCACCAGUGCCCCCCCGGCUGUUCGGGGUGGUGUACAACAACUGUGCCGUGUAUGUCUUGGGGCUUUGGUCGAAAUUCAAGAUGCACGAGCUGAGAGAAAACUUUCGCCAGCAGGAUGACCCCGAGUUCCAGAUUUGCCUGGACGAGCUACAUGACGGCGUGCUGGACGGCGAAGCCUGGGGUGUCCUCCUCUCCCGUGUUGUGGGACUCGACGGCAAUCAAGGGCUCGAGCACACGACGCACGACUCCCUAAUCAACGCCUCUCAAGCGACGCCGUGCAUUGCCCCGUACAAGAGAAGCUCUCCUGACCAAGGCGACACUGUACCCCAGUGCCACGAGAUUAACGAGGACCACCUCAGAGCCCUGGGAGACAACGGGGAGGAAUGCCGCUUCGUGCAUGCCCAGGCCUUCGUCAAACAGAACGGCACGAAACUCAAACGCGACAAGGGACGCCACCCUAUCGUCCUCGAGUACGCUGACUUGCCCGACACCCUCGUCCUCCACGAGGGACUCAAGAUUGUCAUCACCAAAAACGUCGACCAGCAGCGUGGGAUCGUC